AUGGGCAACCAGCACUCGCGGACCUCGUCGACGACGUCACCGUCGUCGAAGCCGGCCUCUCCCACGGCCAACAAUGUGACAACAUCACAUGGGCAUGCGCACCAUGAGCGAGAGCGAGAGCGCGAACGCAUCCACCACCCCCCGCACAGCCAGUUCCACUCGGCGCGGAGGCGAGAGUCAAUCCAGGCGUUGAGCACCGCCAAAGCCCCCGCCGCCCCGUCUGUGAGCCUCGAGAACGCUGAGAGCCAUCCCACGUCGGCCCGCCCGCUCUCGCGUGGACGAGCGCAAACGGUGGGAACUAGCACCCGAGCAGUCACCAGCCAGCUGCGCGCCGCCCAGGAGCAUUACAACAACAAUCACAACCCAUCCAGCGACGCCGCCAUGGGCAACGAGCAGAGUAGCCACAACAAAAACAAGGAGCCGCCGCGGGAAAAGAACCCCCGCGACCUCACCCCGCCGCAGCGCCCGUCGACGACCAGCAACACGACUCCCUUCAGUGCCCCCAUCGCCCAAGCAGUGCAGCAGCCCGUGUCUGAGCCUGAGCCUGCGCCUGCGCCCCAGCCUGCGCCCCAGCCUCAGCCAGAAGCUCAGCAGGUGCCCUCGCCCUCGCCGCCCAUUGAUGCGCCAACGCAGCCCGUCGACGUGCCCCAAGGUCUGCGCGACGAGCUGCCCGAGCGGCUGCUGUCCUCGAUAGAUCCCGCCGAUGCCUCGCAGGACUACAUUCCCUCGUCGCAGUUCAGCCGCCCGCCCCGCCUGCCGCUGCCUAUUGAGGAGGAGGUGCACACGCCCGGAUCGCCCAUCAUCUCGGCCCAGGAGAUAUGGAGCCCCAUCCAGGACAGCGACGCCGAGGGCAUGCUGCCACGCCGCUCCUCGAUGCUCAGCACCACCACCGCCGACGACGAUGACCUCGGGGAAGAGUUCAAGACACCCAGCACCGGCCGCCCAACUGUGCCCACCCUAAUCGAGUGGGAAGGUCCUGGCGAGCGUGUAUAUGUCACGGGUACUUUUGCAGGCUGGAAUCGCAAGUACAAGCUACAUCGAAAUGGUCCCAGCAAGAACCCAGAUGCCCUUUCUGCCUACGUCUCCGUCACCCCAGGCACCCACCAUCUCACCUUUCUCGUCGACAACGACAUGCGGACGAGCGACAAGCUGCCCACGGCAGUCGACUACACAAACAUACUCGUCAACUAUAUCGAAGUCCCGUAUCCUGAGCCACCAGCCCUCGCUACCAGCCCAUCCAAGGACACGGCCAACACGCUUGACGUUCCGACACCCGUACAAGAACGCGACGCUGCCAUGUACCCGCCCCAGGCUCCCCCUCCAGCACCCCAAGUCCAACCUACCAUUAAAGCUCCCCUCCCCGAACCCGCCAAGCCUGUCAAGCCUGAGCCAACCAAGAAGUACCAUCAGAAUAUUCCUCGCUACCUCAUCGACCUUGAUGCUCCCGAAGAAUCCUCGCGCUACGCUCGUGCAAACGCCAUGACGAGCAACCUGCCUACUCCCCCGUCGUUGCCCGGCUUCCUCGGCAAAAGUAUCUUGAACGGCACGACGCCCAUGAAGGACGACAGCAGCGUGCUGAUUCAUCCGAACCACACCGUCCUGAACCAUCUGGCGACGAGCAGUAUCAAGGACAACAUCUUAGCAACCAGUGCGACGACAAGGUACAAACAAAAGUUCUUGACGACUAUCAUGUAUAAACCCAAGGAGGAGCAUGGUGCAAACUACUAG